GUAGCACGCCUCCUCAGCUGCCCCUUCCCUGCUGCCACCAUACCGUGCCUUCCACUUCAGUCACGCCCGCCAGUCAGCUCUUUGCUCUGCUAUCGUCCCGUGAGCUUGCAUAUCGUCUGAUUUGCCAGACCAUCCCUCGCAAUCCACUCCAUCCAUUUCUUCGUUCGCCAGUUACUCACCUCACGAGAGUGGGAGAUCCUACUUCAUCUGCCAUUGCGAGAAUGGCCGAAACAGAUGAGUGGAAAGAGGCGAUGGAGAUGAGAAUGAGGGCGCUUGACCAUGGGAGGCAAUCAAGUUAG